AUGUCGCACAACCCAGAGAUCAACGAAGUGGAUGAGAACCUGCGGACUGUGAACAUCGCAGAGCUGCGGGAAGCUGACUCGGCUAGCCACCCUGCCGUCCGCGUGCUGCGGCAAGCCUGCUGUGAGACAGGCUUCUUCCUCGUGAAGGGCCACGAGCUUUCUCAAGAUGUCCUCGACGAGAUGUUUGACAUGGCCAAGGGCUUUUUUCAGCUUCCGCUCGACGCGAAGCUCAAGCACAGCAGCUCCGAGAAGAGCGGCUGGCGGGGCUACAACCCCUAUGGCAGCGGACAGAACUGCUCACUGAGCACCAAGCGUCCGGAGAGAAAAGAAACAUUUUAUUGCGGCGAGCCUCCAGGUGCUGCUGAAGGCAUACCUGAGCCGCUGCCUGCUUUCUACGACAAGCUUCGACGUUUCCAUUCCUCUCUGCUGCAGCUGUCACGCGAGCUGCUCAGGGGCUUGAGCUUGGCGCUUGGGCUGCCGACUGACUACUUCGAGCUCUGUGCAUUUCAGAAACCCAUUGCAAAGGUGCUCCUCGCUUACUAUCCGCCUGCUGGAGAUGGAGACUCGUCUUGUGGUGCACACACCGACUGUGGAUUCUUGACUUUGGUUUGCCAAGACUCGGCGGAAGCUCAAGGUCUGCAAGUACAAAAGCCGGGUGGUUCCUGGCUUUCCGUGAAGACUGACCGGUACACCCCUGUGGCAAAUCUCGGCGAUCUGGCACAGAGAUGGACCAACGAUGUGUUUCGAAGCUCUAUACAUCGCGUGUUGAAUGCUUCCACGGCCCCGCGCUGGAGUGUCAUCUUCUUCAACAACAUGGAUGAGGAAGCAGAGGUGGAAUGUUUGGCCACCUGCGUGGACAGCGAGCGUCCCCGCAAGUACCUGAAAACGACAUGCG